UUACUAGUCAGUAGUGCUAUUUGACAGAUAUGGGCUUUAUUCCGUGAUCAGACAGCUGCACGAUUACGCUAUUAGAACUUAAGCAAACAUCAGCGAUAUCAGGCUUUGACACCACAUUUCCUGUGAGAAUUGCGGAAUCAAAUCUAGGUGAUAAUUUUACACGGAUUAUGUAUUGAUCAACAUUGACGGGCGCGUGCUUCCUCGAUUAACAUCGAACGCGGUUAAUAAUGCAGCUGUCUCGAAAUCAGAUGACAUGAGACUUGUGCACACAGUGAUGAGGAAGCGCGAUAUUAAUCGCCACGAGGGAUACUUGCCGUUGUCGAAAACGAAAAAUGUUCGUCAGAGAUCCCUGUGGCAUCAUAUGCAUUAUCGUGACCUACGUAGCGGUGUUUUACGCUGACUAUGUUGUGGUACGAUGGAUCGUGUUGCACACUAUGCAAGACAGCUUAUGGGGCCCCUUCCAUGUAAUAGCAUUCAAUACUGUUGUGCUUUUCCUAAUGAUGGCACAUUUAAAAGCUGUCUGUAGCGAUCCUGGUAUAGUACCUUUACCACAAAGCAGAAUGGAUUUUUCUGACAUUCAUGCUUCUGGAGGAAGUGAUGAUCAUGACGGUGAUGAGAAAGAUGAUUGGACAGUGUGUACUAGAUGUGAAACAUAUAGACCACCUAGAGCUCAUCAUUGUCGAAUUUGCAAACGUUGCAUCAGAAGAAUGGAUCAUCAUUGUCCAUGGAUUAAUAAUUGCGUUGGCGAGAGGAAUCAAAAGUACUUCAUACAGUUUCUGGUAUAUGUUGGUGCAUUAGCUGUAUAUGCCAUUAUCUUAGUCAUCUUAUCAUGGAUCAAUGACUGCCCACAAUGCAAUAACGAUAUUGCCAUUAAGCAGAAUCGCAUUUUACAUUGUGUGAUAUUAGUCUUGGAAUCGGCACUAUUUGGUAUGUUCGUCAUAGCGAUAUUGGUGGAUCAGUUCCAAGCAAUCCUAGGCGACGAAACUGCCGUGGAGCGUGUACAAGGUACUCAGCGCUAUCACAAUAAAAAUGCACCACGAACGUUUGCGCUUCUGUCUCAAGUAUGUGGCAAGAGUCAUCCGAUAUUUUGGUUGUUUCCUUGCCACAAUCCGCCACGUUAUUCUUUCAGAAAGGAUGCGUAUCUAAUCGAUCACGUAGUGUGAAAUUACAAUGUAUUAUGUCUGCACGGUAUUUUAUUCUUUUAUAAUUAUUAUAAUUUUUAUAAUAAUUUAUUAGAGCGAUUCUCAUUCCUUGAAUUCGUAUAUGUUAACACCUUUAUACGAAUUAUACUGAUAUAUGAUAUAGACAAGACUUGUAGCUGUAAUGUUUCUACUGCGUGAAAAUGAAGUGUUUAUAUCCUAUCUAUAUUAAGACUAUCAUUGCUAUAAAAUAUAUAUUAA